AUGGAUAAGUCAUGGAUGAAGGCUGAUAGAAGAUCACUACAGUUUCAGUUAGGACUUGAAGAAUUUCUGAAAUUUGCAUCGGAUAAUGUAAGGGACAUAAAUAAAAUAUGUUGCCCUUGCUUGAAGUGCCAUAACACUGAUUUUGGUGGUAUAGGGCUGAUUAAGGACCAUAUAUUUUUUAACGGUAUUGAUGUUAGUUAUAAGCAUUGGAAGUGGCAUGGAGAACCAUCUACUUCUGCCUUGCAUGCUCUUAGAGGGGAUUCUGAAACAAUCGAAAUGAAUCCUGAUUUAGGCAUACAAGCAGAAGCUGUAGGGUUAGAGGGUAGUGAGGAUGAGGAGAUUUCGGAAGACUCGAACGAGUUUAUGCAGUUUGUAGAAGAUGGAGAUAAGCCUCUAUAUCCUGGUUGUACCAAGACAACCAAGUUGAAUGGUUUGAUACAAACAUUCAAUCUGAAAUCAAAGCACGGCAUGACUGAUGCGUGCUAUUCAGAUAUGUUAAUUAUGAUUGGCCUCUUGCUUCCAGAAGGAAAUGACUUACCAGGAUUGCACCAUGCUGAUGCGACCAGUUGUCCAACUUGUGGUGAAUCAAGGUGGAAACUUGGAAAUGACAAAUCUGAGAAAGAAGGGGUUCCAGGGAAGGUAUUGUGGUACUUCCCUCCGAUCCCACGGUUCAAACGGAUGUUCCAAUCGACAGUGUCAGCUAAGGAGCUAACUUGGCAUGCCAAUGAUCGAAAGAAAGAUGGAAUGAUGAGGCAUCCAGCCGAUUCCCCAACUUGGAAAAUGAUUGACACAAAAUGGCCAGACUUUGGUCUAGAAAGUAGGAACCUAAGAUUAGCGCUUUCAUCAGACGGGUUUAAUCCACAUAGUUCUCUAAGUAGCAAAUACUCAUGUUGGCCUGUUAUACUUUUCACCUAUAACCUUCCUCCAUGGUUAUGCAUGAAGAGGAAGUACAUGAUGUUGACUAUGUUAAUUUCUGGACCCAAACAACCCGGAAAUGACAUCGACGUCUAUCUACAGCCAUUAGUGGAUGAUUUGAAAGUGUUGUGGGAUGGGGUUGAGAGAGUAUAUGAUGCUGUAAGAGGAGAGUAUUUUAAACUGAAGGCGAUACUGUUAUGGACAAUUAACAAUUUUCCCGCGUAUGGGAAUUUAUCAGGAAGCAUUGUGAAAGGAUACAAUGCUUAUCCAAUAUGUGUUGAUCAGACAAGACCCUAUAGGUUGAAGCACUCUAAAAAAAUGGCAUUCAUGAGGCAUCGACGAUGGUUGCCACGACAUCAUCCUUAUAGAAAGCAAGCUGCUGCUUUCGACAACACCAUAGAGGAGGGUGAAGCUCCUACACCAUUAACUGGAGAGGAGGUGUUGACCAGAGUUCAAGGUCUAAAUCGACCAUUUGGCAAGAAAAACCCUCUUCCCCCUUAUAAGGGUCUUGAAGAUGAAGACAGACCUUGCUGGAAAAAAAGGUCUGUUUUCUUCGAACUUGAUUACUGGGAACAUCUUCCGGUAAGACAUAAUCUUGAUGUGAUGCACAUUGAGAAGAAUUGUUGUGAUGCUAUUCUUGGUACGCUGUUGAACAUUUUUGGGAAGACUAAGGAUGGGGCUGUUGCUCGUUUAGACAUGGUCGAAAUGGGUAUACGGACUGAUUUGAAGCCUACAACUGUUGCAAAAAGGGACAAGUUGCCUUUGGGUAGUUGGAACUUGUUCCUAGAUGAGAGAAAGAUUGUUUGCAGUUCCUUUUUCAAUAUGACCGUUCCAGUUCGGUUUUCAUCCAAUGUACGAAAUCUGGUGUCAAUGGAGGAUUUACGACUUGCUGGUCUUAAAUCACAUGAUUGCCACACUAUAAUGCAACUUCUUCUCCCUGUUGCAUUACGUUCAGUUUUGGAGAAACCAGUUAGGUACGCAAUUAUUCGGUUUUGCCUAUUCUUCAAAGCAAUAUGCAGUAAAAUGAUCGACGUUUCAAAAUUGCAACAAAUGCAAGCAGACCUGGUCGAUACAGUUUGCCUGCUUGAGAAGUUCUUUCCACCAUCAUUUUUUGACAUAAUGAUUCACCUAACUGUCCAUCUUGUUAGGGAAGUCGAGUUAUGUGGUCCGUACCCUUUUGAGAGGUACAUGAAAGUGUUCAAAGGAUAUGUGAGAAAUCGACAAUUUCCUGAAGGGUGCAUUGCAGAGUGUUACAUUGUAGAAGAGGCAGUUGAGUUUUGCUCGGAACGCGCCACCAUCAUUACUGUCGACAGAAAGCAGCUUGACAUGGCCCACCUAUGUGUAUGCAUGAACACUGAAGAUGCAAUCCCUUAUUUCAAAGAGCAUAUGGAAUUCCUAAAGUUGAGUUUUCCAAGGUUCAAAAAAAAUAAGAAGUGGUUGAAGGACAAACAAAACCUUACCUUUGUUGGUUGGUUCAAGGAAAGUGUUGCAAAUGAAAUGAGAUUUGCCGAUAAUGAUGUUCCUGAAACCAUUAGGUGGUUGGCUGGUGGACCAAAAAUGGAGGUCCCUACAUUUGGUGGUUACCAUGUGAAUGGGGUUGAUUUUAACACUUCGGAGUGUGACAAAGUACGAUCAGUUCAAAAUAGCGGGGUUUUUUUGGUUGCUGAUGCAAUGCAAGUUGCUAGUGCAAGGGAUAAAAACCCUAAAACUGAUGAUAUGGACUUUUACGGCAGGAUACAACAAAUUUGGGAGGUGGACUACUACAAGUUUAGGAUACCCGUCUUCAUGUGUGAUUGGGUGGAGUCAGCUAGGGGGGUUAAAGUAGACGAACUUGGGUUUACUUUGGUUAAACUUGAUAGGGUAGGGCAUUUAAAUGAUCCGUUUAUCUUAGCUACCCAUGUGAAACAGAUUUUCUACAUACAAGACCCCCUUGAUGAUCAAUGGUCAGUGGUAGUGCGGUGCCCGGAAAGAGACUACCAAGGAGGGUGUAAUGAUGAAGAGAUGGAAGAUAUUGAACUGGAACAACACCCAUUCAUUCCUACAAUGCCAUCGAUUGAGACCUUUGAUGAUGUAGUUGGUGAUCUGCCUAGCUCCUAUAUUCGAGAUGGCGAUGAAGGAAUAUGGGUUGAGAAUGAGAAUGGUCGACGUGUUUAA